AUGAAGCCGAAAUUCAUGCUUGACAUGUGCGAACUUGUCAAGGUGGUUGAGCCGCCGACGCAACAAAGCUCGUGUUCAUUCAUAUCGGGGGGUCGGGUGCGGAGUGGUUCAUUACCCUGCCAGUCUUCAUGGAGGAAACCACCCUCGCCACUACAACACCGGCAUCCACUAAUGUUGGGUCAGACAACAUGGCCGCAUCCGUCACAAAUGCCACUGCCGGCACGCCAUCAUACUCAAUGGCUUCUCUAUACCACUGCCGGUUCUGUGCUGAGCAUUCGCGUCUGUCGCGACAAUGCUAGCCGUCUUUCACUCGGCUAUGCUUAUGUAAAUUUCCAACAACCAACAGACGCGGAAAGAGCUCUCGACACAAUGAAUUUUGACAUCCUACAUGGCAGACCGAUGCGGAUCAUGUGGUCACAGCGAGACCCUGCCGUCAGAAGAUCAGGCACGGGCAAUAUUUUUAUUAAAAAUUUGGACAAAGUCAUUGACAAUAAGUCCAUCUAUGAUACAUUUUCGCUCUUCGGGAACAUUCUAUCAUGCAAGGUUGCCGUUGAUGAAGAAGGCAACAGCAAGGGGUACGGUUUCGUCCAUUUUGAGACGGAAGAAGCCGCACAGAGUGCCAUCAACAAAGUCAAUGGCAUGCUCCUUGCCGGCAAGAAAGUAUUCGUAGGAAAGUUCCAGCCGAGAAGUCAGCGAAUGCGCGAGAUGGGCGAGUCCACAAAAAAAUUCACAAACGUAUUUAUAAAAAACUUCGGUGAUUCGCUCGAUAAGGAAGGACUCCAAAAGCUUUUCGAGCCUUUUGGUAAUAUCACUAGCUGUGCGGUUAUGACCGAUGCGGAGGGAAAAUCGAAAGGUUUUGGAUUUGUCGCUUACGAGCAGCCGGAGAUGGCCGAGAAGGCCGUAGCAGAAAUGAACGACUACGUCAUCGAAGGUACUGACCACAAAUUGGUUGUAUGCCGUGCACAGAAGAAGAGCGAGCGUAGCGCCGAAUUGAAACGCAAAUAUGACCUUCAAAAGGUGGAACGAAUGCAGCGCUAUCAGGGUGUAAAUUUGUAUGUAAAAAAUCUUGACGACACUGUUGAUGAUGAGGCUCUUCGCAAACAUUUCGAAUCAUAUGGAAAAAUUACUUCUUGCAAGGUUAUGACUGAUGAAAAUGGUCGAUCAAAGGGUUUCGGUUUUGUAUGUUUCGAGAAGCCCGAUGAGGCUACUAACGCAGUAACAGAGAUGAACUCGAAAAUGGUGUGCUCAAAGCCGUUGUACGUAGCUCUGGCGCAACGCAAAGAAGAUCGUCGAGCGCAGCUUGCGUCGCAGUACAUGCAGAGAUUGGCAAGCAUGAGACUCAGCAACAAUGUUCCCGGCACCAUGUAUACGCCAAGUCAGGGCGGAUACUUCGUCUCCAGCACCCUACAGAAUCAGCGAGGUUUUGCUCCUGGAGCCAUGGCUGGCACGGCAAUGAGAAGUUCCGCACGCAACUGGCAGAGCAACUUCGGUGGCCAAAGUCCUUACAUCGUUCCAGGUGGACCGGUGUUCCAGGGACGCGGACGUGCUGGAGGAACCACUGGAGAUAUGAGGGCUCAACAAUUUACUCAGAAUGCUGUACAGGGUGGAAAUCGUCUUGCAGGACAGAGAGUGGUACCGGGUGGCGUUGCCGGUCAGGCACAAGGUGCUGGCCAACGCCAGCAUCCGGGCCAAAGACCUCAGGCUGCGGGUGGAAAGCAAAAUGCCGCUCCUCUGUUCCAGCAGUACCCUCAGAGUCAGCAGCAAAGACCUGCUCCCAUUGCUCAAGGGAUUGUUGUCGGAGGACAAGAACCUCUUACCUCUCAUAUGCUCGCCCAGGCCGCUCCUCAGGAGCAGAAACAACUGCUUGGUGAGCGCAUAUACGCUCUCAUUGAUCGACUGUACCCUGUCGGCGGCCAAAAUGAACUGAAAAAACAACAAGGACAAAUUACUAUCUGA